AUGGCACAAAAUGGUCUUGCUUCUCUGUUGUUCUGUGCUCUGCUGGGUGCUGCUGAUGGUAUAAACCCUGACAGCUCAGAGUCCCCAGACAUGCAGCCAGACAGUGUAAAAGGGGUCAGCGACGUCACUUGCAGUGUGCUGAAGUUCCUGGCAGCAGGAACCCAUCUGGGAGGAACCAACCUGGACUUCCAGAUGGAGCAGUACGUCUACAAGAGAAAGAGUGACGGAGUGUACAUCAUCAAUCUAAAGAAGACUUGGGAGAAACUGCUGUUGGCUGCUCGUGCCAUUGUUGCCAUCGAGAAUCCAGCUGAUGUUUGCGUUAUCUCCUCCAGAAACACUGGCCAGAGAGCUGUGCUCAAGUUCGCCUCUGCCACUGGCGCGACCACCUUUGCUGGUCGUUUCACUCCCGGAACCUUCACCAAUCAGAUUCAGGCUGCUUUCAGGGAGCCCCGCCUCCUGAUCGUGACAGAUCCUCGCGCUGACCAUCAGCCACUAACUGAAGCCUCUUACGUCAACAUCCCAACCAUUGCCCUCUGCAACACCGACUCCCCUCUGAGAUACGUCGACAUUGCCAUUCCAUGCAACAACAAGGGUCCCCACUCUGUGGGUUUGAUGUGGUGGAUGUUGGCCAGAGAAGUGCUGAGGAUGAGGGGCACCAUCUCCAGGGAGCACCCAUGGGAGGUCAUGCCGGAUCUGUACUUCUACAGAGAUCCUGAGGAGAUUGAGAAGGAAGAGCAGGCUGCAGCUGAGAAGGCUGUAGGUAAGGAGGAGUUCCAGGGAGAAUGGACCGCUCCUGUGCCCGACUUCAACCAGCCUGAGGUUGCUGACUGGUCUGAAGGUGUUCAGGUUCCAUCUGUGCCCAUCCAGCAAUUCCCAGCUAGCGUUGAGGCUCCUGCCAAAGCUGCACCAGCUGAGGUGUUUGCAGAGGACUGGAGUGCUCAGCCUGCCACUGAGGAUUGGUCUGCUGCUCCCACGGCUCAGGCCGGAGACUGGGGCGGCACCACUGCAGACUGGUCUUAAGAGAAGCAUUAACCAUGCUUGUGAAAUCAAUAAAUUUGGUUGUUUAAAA